AUGUCUCCGUCCCUGCUGGAGGCUGGGGAGCCGCCGCUGCUUCCCUCCGGGGAGUGGGCGAGCGGGAGCUGCCGGGACACAGACCCGAGCGGCUUCGUGACUGUUGCGAGCUCCAGGAGCCAGGCGAAAGGCCAGGGCCGGGCUGCGGCCAGCAGCCAGCAGACGCUGCCUCCGACCCAUCCCGCCAGGGACUGCUAUCCCCUCUGGGUGGGGAACGUCACCCCCAGGAUCAGCGAGAAGGUGCUACACAGCUCCUUUAGCCGGUUUGGGGAGAUCCGCUUCAUCCGAAUGCUGCUGGAGAGACGCUGCGCCUUCGUCAACUACACCCAGAAAAAGGCGGCAGAAGCGGCCUAUGUGGCCAUGCAGGAUGCUGAGGUGGAGGGAAGCAGGCUGGUGCUGCAGCUCAAGCACCCAUCCCACGCCACUCCGGCCCCCCGGCCGCACCCAGAGCCCCACGGUGAGGUGGGUGCCCCCCUCGGCGGGCUCCUGUAGCCCGGGGCUC